GUUGCAUUACGUUUUUUCAGCCCAGUUAAGUCUGAGUUGUAUGCAUUGCGUCUUUGCAACAGGUCGUUUAUCGUUUAAGAAGCAAACGAAACGGUGAGCGACCUACCUAAAUUUGUCCAAUAGAAACUCGUUUUCGUUGCAAAAUGUUUUCCGUUUGGAGUAGGCCUUAAACAGUUUCGCAACAGACGAACGUUUUGCAAAAGAAUUGUCGUAAUGAAUACACCCCUGGUUCGACCGGACAGCCCAGGUGUUGUUCUUGUCAGACGGCUAUGUCACGCACAGGGACUGGUUGGUCACAUGGUCCAGCUCCUACGUUCUGCGGAAAUUAAUUAGCGGAAGAAACAGGUGAAUGUAUUAUCGGCAGGUGACACAGCCAGAGAGGAAAUCAGAGCCAUAUAAACAUAUUCAUACUGAACAGAAAGGCCAUGUGAGUCUGGCCCGGUGACUGUGUAAAAGAGAGACCAGUGCGUCCCCAUGUCUGCUAGAGGAGGUUCCUCUGGCCGUUUCAACAUUGUCCAGGAUGCAGAACCUCACUACGACCAGGUCCCAGUGGGCUCCUUAUGGAGGGACCAGGACCUCCCUCCUCCUCCCCGCUCCCUUGGGGGUUUCAGGGGGGCAGACCUGGCUGUGAGCUCCGACCCCCUGCCCCCCCCUCCCCUCCCAGACCAGCCCGCUGUGGGCCCUGACUUCUACCCCCCUAGCGACGGUGCCUCGGAGCGCCUUGACAACGACAGUGCGGCCAUGGACAUCAAACCCGUCCGCCGCUUCAUUCCUGACUCCUUCAAGAACUUAUUCCGCGGCAACAGUGUCCGUGGUAGCAGCAACAAGCCCUUCUCCUUACCCCCCUCCCCGCCGCUGACGGAAAAAGACGACCUCAAACCAGGAACCACUAGAGGUGUCCCCUGCUCCCCUCCCCCCUCUCCCUCCCUCCCUGGCUCCUACCUGGAUCCGUACGGAGGCUCUGGCGGCAGCUACAACUCCAGAAAAGAACGUGACGCCAUGUUGCUAGGAACCGAUGCAUUCGAGUCUGUCUCAGGCGUCACAUUCCGCUCAGCCAAGACCUACAGCGAGCGGGUGGAGGAUUACCACCAGCGCUACGCCUAUAUGAAGUCCUGGGCGGGGUUACUGCGCAUCCUGGGCUGCGUCGAGCUCCUUUUGGGCGCUGUCGUCUUUGCCUGCGCGUGUGCUUAUGUGCACAAGGACAACGAGUGGUUCAAUAUGUUCGGCUACUCCCAGCCACAGUUGUUUGGGGGGUUAGGGGGCGGCGCAGCAGCGUACGGAGGCAGUGGAUCGUUCAGCUACGACGGACCCAAAACCCCCUUCAUCUUGGUAGUGGCUGGCCUGGCCUGGAUAGUAACGGUCAUUAUGCUAGUCCUGGGGAUGACCAUGUACUACCGUACCAUUCUCCUAGACUCGUCUUGGUGGCCGUUGACUGAGUGUGUAAUUAACCUGGCCCUUGGGUUUCUCUACAUGGUAGCAGCGGUCAUGUACGUCAGGGACACAACCAGAGGAGGCCUCUGUUACAUCCCUGUCUUCAACAACGGAGUCAACGGAGCCUUCUGUCGCACAGAGGCCGGCCAGACCGCCGCCAUUAUUUUUCUGUUCGUCAACAUGAUGAUAUAUUUUGUGGGCGCCGGUGUGUGUCUGAAGCUGUGGCGGCACGAGGCGGCGAGGCUGAGGAGGGAGGGGUUAGCGCAGGAGGUGAGGCUGAGGAGGGAGGGGUUAGCGCAGGAGAUGAAAACCAUUGGAUCUUCCCUGCCAAUAUCUGCUCUGGGCGGUUCCAGGACCUCAGGGCAGACCCCUCUCCCCACCCUCCAGACUAUCCCGGAGGUGUUGGACGGCCAUGUUGCCUCUCCAGCCGCCCCUCUGAUGAUGGAACCAGAGAUCCUCCGAGGACACAUCCCCUCAGGACACAUCCCCAAACCUGUAAUCAUCGCAGACUACGUGGCGAAGUACCCGACAAUCCGUACGGAGGAGGAGAGGGACCAGUACAAGGCUGUGUUUAAGGACCAGUAUGCUGAGUACAAAGAGCUGCAUGCUGAGGUCCAGGUCAUGGCCAAGAAGUUUGACGAGAUGGACGAACUGAUGAGGAACCUGCCUCCACGGCCCUCCAGUCAACUGGAGAAGGAACGCAUCAAUACCAUAGUAUUGGAGUACCAGAGAAAGAAAGCGGAUCCUACGUUCCUUGAGAAGAGGGAGAGGUGUGAGUACCUGAAGAACAAACUGUCCCACAUCAAACAGAAGAUCAACGAAUACAACAAGGUCAUGGACUGGAACGACGGAUUCAACUGUGGACCAGAGGAUCCCAGUAUGCCCUCUCACAACAAACGCACCUCUCCUUCCUACCAUCCCGGCAGCAGACGCCAUGAACACAGGCACAAGCAUAGCGAGCAUGUCUCCAACCCAGCCUACUCUUUCUACCCAGAGGAGGAGCUCCUCCACUUCUACCGCUGGACCUCUCCUCCAGGGGUGAUGAAGAUCAUCUCCAUCAUCAUCAUCAUCAUGUGCGUAGCGAUCUUCGCCUGCGUGGCGUCUACGCUCGCCUGGGACUACGACAUGAGCAUGAUGGGAAUGAGCGGCGGCAUCGGCGCCGGGAUGGGCAUCGGAGGCGGAGGAUACGGUGGGAGCUACGGCAGUAGUUACGGCGGUGGCUCGUCCUACGGCAGCGGUAUCGGCGGAGGCUCGUCCUACGGAGGCGGUAGCUACGGAAGCGGGACCCAGACUGACCCCCUGGCGGGGAAGGGCUUCAUCAUUGCCAUAGCAGCCAUCACCUUCAUCGCCGUGCUCAUCAUCUUCAUCCUAGUGGUGUCGCGGCAGAACGCGUCCCGCUCGCCAAAGUUCUACCUGGGGGCCAUCAUCGUGUCGGCCAUCUUGGCGAUACUAAUGAUCAUCGCUACUAUAGUCUACCUGGUGGCAGUGAACCCCACAGCCCAGUCCUCAGGGUCCGUCUACUACAACCAGAUCAUACAGCUGUGUUCCCAGUACCAGAAUCAGAACCAAGCCCAGGGCAUCUUCAUCAACCAGUACCUCUACCAUUACUGCGUGGUGGAACCUCAGGAGGUCAUAGCCAUCAUCCUGGGAAUCUUGGUAUUCGUGGGUCUGAUCAUCCUGCUGGUGUUUGCUGUGAAGACGCGUCAGAAGAUCAGACGUUGGGGCCCAGACAGAAUCCUCUGGGAGGAGACCAAGGUUAUCAGCAACAGCCUGCGCACACACACCAUCGGAGAGUGGGUGAAUAAUGUGUCUGGUCAGCCGGACACUCUGGUGAAUGAAUACAACGACAAGGUGGGGGGCUCCAGGAACUUCCUGGACCAGCUGCCAGACCACAGACCUCUGUAUCUGCCUGGGAGCUCAGACAUAACAAGUUCGUUGGGAGGACUGAAGAGCAAGCUGAGGGACUACGACACUGGUGCAGAAUCAGGAGGAGAGGAUUUGGACGAGAUCGACUUUAACUCCGAGUUCUCUGCCAUCAUGAAUGAGCAGGAGCGUCUGGACUACAAGAGGGAGUUUGACCGGGACCAUCUAGAGUACAAAGAGCUCCAGGCUGAGCUGGAUGACCUCAACAUGGGCCUGGCUGACCUGGACAAGGAACUGGACAGACAACCAGAGGGCAGCCCACAGUUCCUGGAUGCUAUGGAUAAGUACACCCGGAUGAAGAAUAUGAAGAAGUCCUCAGACUAUCAGCUGAAGAAGAAGAGGUGCAAGCAUCUGAAGGCCAAGCUGUCUCACAUCAAGAGGAAGGUCAGCGAGUAUGACCGCAGACCCUGAACCCUGACCACCAACCCCAGUCCAGAGCAGACUCCACCCUUGUCUGUCCAGGAAACUGGCCCCAAAAGAAGGAAGACCAUAAUGGAGAGGGACCCAGAGAAGGCUUUUUUUCAAUGUGAAGUCAUAUGAACUUUUUUUAAGAGGGAGAAUUCUCUGUCUAAUAAUGUUGUUUUAUUUUCUUAUUGAAGUUAUAUUGAUGUCGAGUCCUCCCCCCCACACAGCCCCAGGAUUGUACCCACAGCCGCGGGAAGUAGGGAUGCUGCCGCACCCCCUGAAAAAUCCUGAUGAUGUGGCUCAGUUGAUAGAGCAUGGUGCUUGCUAUGCUAGGGUUCGAUUCCCACAGAGGACCAGUACAAAAAUCUGUGCACUCACUACUGUAAGUUGCUCUGGAUAAGAGUGUUUAUUAACAUGGAAAAGGAAUGAAUAGACCAUUUCAAUUUUCACAUAGAAAUAAGUUGCAAAGUAUUUCAAGAAAAUGGAUAACAUUAAUAAAGUUUUUGUUUAUAUUCCACAAGUAUUUUAAAAUGACCUGUUUUGUACAGAUAGUUAUCAGACUCAAGUUAAAAAUGCUGGUAAACACUCAAAUACAUUUGGUACAUUCCCCC